CCUACCGACAGGCAAAAAUGGCUGUUCAGUUAAGCUAUACCUGGAUCUUCUUAUGGACCACAAUAGCAAUGUCAUUUGCUACUCAGGGCACGAAAGCUUGUUUAAAUCACACAAAAAUGGUUGUCAUCAAUGAAGUGUCAGAACCUCUAACACAACAGAAUUCCACAUGUUCAGGCGACUGUUCAGUCUUCAGCAAGCUGUGCAUAUAUAAUUUUAACAAAAAACAUGCUCCUGCAUGCAAUAAAUCAUGCCACACAGAAGACGAUACACCCUUCAUCUAUAAUGUGACGAAAAUGGAUGACAAGUACAACUUAGUCUUGCAUAAAAGCAUUCUUCAUCUAGUAAAUAUCUGGAUUGUACGGAACUGGACAUGGAUGCCCUCCUGUGAAGCCCAAGCAGUACCCGCCGGAGAAACCAGCCCUAUUGGUUGUAACCAAGCAGAAAACUGUGGAGAUUCUAAUCUUGUAAUGAAGAAUAUCAGUCCUUCUGUGGAAUGCAAAGAUAAACCGUACAUCGAAUUAAAAUGUGAAGGAACCAAGCCUGACUACUUCAUACUGACUCAAGACGAGGCGAACAACAACACCUUAUGUGUGACCUGCGAGAACCCCAAUAAAAAGCCAGAGGCCAGUGUGUCCCUGGAGAACGUGACUGACACGACGGGCCUCGUCAGUAAGGACGGAACUGUGAGUGCCUCAAAAGCCAGCGCUGUGAUGGAAGACAUGAAAUCUAUCCUGAGUAAAAUAGGAAACGCAUCGAGCGCAGCUGUGUCACUUGGGGAAAUUAAAGGAGUUGUCCAGCGGCUUAAGGAGAAGAAGCGUGUCUCCAUUGCAUAUUCCGCGGAAAGCAAAGAAAUGAUACUUGUGUCCAAUCCAAACGCACAGAAGACACAGUUCAGCUGGUCUGUUGACCUUCCUGCAGAGGCUGUGAAUAUAUCCCAGUCAGCCAAUGAUGGAGAGGGGUUUGCUUCAAUACUGCGCUUUCCUAAAAUGACCCCAGAUGUCAAAAAUAGCACAAUUUUAAACGAUGCAGUGUAUGGCAUAUCAAUGGGCGCCCGCAUCUCCAAUUUGACAGACAAAAUAAACCUUCGGUUCAAGACUGAGAGACUACAGGCGGGUACUGAGGUCAAGUGCAACUCCUGGGAAGGUGUCGGGGACCAACCCAACUGGACUGGGGACGGCUGUGUGACAAUAAUGUGCAAUGACAGCACCAUAACAUGCGAGUGCUCCCAUUUGACCUUCUUUGCCAUUUUGAUGAGUUCUCCUCAGCCUAACGGCACCAUCACAGAUGCAGAUCUCAACUCCCUGACGUACAUCAGCUACAUCGGCUGUGGCCUUUCCAUGUUCUUCCUAGGGGUGGCGCUCUUCAUGCAUUUCCUGCUACGCAAAGGCAAGUCCAGCCAGGCCAUCCAGAUCCUGAUGAACCUCUUUCUGGCGCUCUUCCUUCUCGACCUGACCUUCCUGAGCAACGAGUGGGUGGCCAACACGGGCAGCUACCCAGGCUGCAUCAUCAUCGCCACCCUCAUGCACUACUCCAUGCUGUCCACGUUCACCUGGUUUGCCAUGCAAGCGCUCCACCUGUACCUGGCCUUCGUCCGUGCAAGCAACAAUAAAACCUACAAGAACUACAUGCUGAAGAUGUGCCUCUCUGCCUGGGUUUGUCCUGCUGUGGUCGUCAUCAUACUUGCAUGUCUGAAUGAGUACAAACUGGUGACCAUCACCACCACCAGUGGAUAUGGAGCACAUAUGUGUUGGAUCACGAACCCAAUGGUGCACUAUGUGGUGAACAUCGGCUACUACGGGGUGGUGUUCCUCUUUACUUUGGGUAUCUUCUUCGUGAUAGUACAGAGGAUCAUCAUGGCCCGUAAGCUGAAGGUACAAGACGCCAAGACUCCCUCCACCUCCAAGAACCUGAUGACCAUCAUGAGCCUGUUUGCCCUGUUAGGUCUCACCUGGGGAGUGGCUUUCUUCAGCUACGGGGCCAUGCUCAUACCAUCAUACUACAUCUUCAGCAUCCUCAACGCCUUUCAAGGCUUGUUCCUGUUCAUCUACUACUACAAUAGCAGCAAGGUCCUCGGCGAAGACUCGGCCGCCAAGAGCUCAUUCAAGGACAGCACGUCUUCCAAUACCGCUAUUACAAACGUCUAUGAUAACAUGCACUAACUGCUCAUGUUUUGUUUUUUUUAAACAAAACAAGGGUCUUCAAAAAUGUUACGUUUUUAGAUGAUUCAUAAUUGGUUCUUUAAAAUACUGCAGGUUCUACACGGAACCUUUUCCACAGACAGAGAUCCUGAUUGGCCGAUGGGAAGUAAUAGAUUUAUUGGUAAAGAUCUGAAAGUUAAAAGGCGUGAGGCUAAAGGACCCUUUUGGGGCCUCUGUGAAAAGCCCACUAGAAUUGAGACUCCUCUAUGGAGAAAGUCAGAUGACACUUAACUUAUCUUUCUAAACAUAAUGCAGGUCUAGACCAUGAUAGGGUGAGAAAAUACACAGAGUUAAACCUUUGAUCAGUAGCCUGCAGAAUGUUUGCUUCAGCUAGACAUUGGCAAAUAGAAGAGUACCUUGUUGUAGCAGACUGAGAACUUCAUUAGUUUGCUAUGUUAAUUAAGUUAUGUAAUACUGUAAAGACACGGGUUAAAUGGUGAGGUAGUUGGAGUUACAUUAGUUGUACAGUCAAAUUUAUAUUAUGCAAAAUCUAUAAAAUGCUUAACCCUUAGAAAAUAACAAGAAUGACACAAAUGUGCAUGUUUUAUUCGUAAACAAAUGUCUAUAUAUUAUACUAUGUUUUACACUUUAAAUAUAUGUAUACAGAUAUUAGCCUACUGCAUAUCCCCUGUGUAUACUUCAAAACAUUUAUUUAAAAAAUGUACCCUGUUUUGUAUGAGUUAAUGAGAGAAGUGCCAAAGAAUUUGCGUUAUGCAAAUCCACCAACACUAGGGCGCAGUGUCGGUUAGUUUUCUGUCACGCCACUCUCUAAAGACGGUUGGGGUUCAACGACAGAGAGACGCUGGUCAAAUAUGCUCUGCAAACGGCAACAGUAGUAGUCUUUAGUAAACAUGUGUGGCAUGCAUGACUCCUGCUGCAGACACCAGUAAAAAAGAUUACUCCAAAGUCCCUGAGUCACCCAUUGAAAACGGGAAGUCGGGUUAUGCUUCACAGCGAAAGGCCCCGUAGCUUACAGUUAUGUUUUUUUUUUCUUGAUGAAUCUUACUCGCACGAAACACCCCUUAGCCCUUUCAAAUACCAUCUCCACAUCAAGAACCCUUAACCAAAAUACAUCUCCAUUCCAAUAGCAUUAUAUGAUGUGCGGUAAAAGACGACUAGGCGCAGUCAAUGAGGAAGGAUGUCUUGCGGCUUUGACUCACCGCAGAGAUGGGAAGCCGACCUGAGUGCUUUGCGUGCCUGUGGAUAAUUACCGGACCGUCUACUGAGGGUUGUAUCCAGUGGCAUGUGCGCUUUACACGCAGAGGAGAAGUGAUCUCAUGGCUACCUGCAGCGAUAAGAGGCUGCAGGAGAACCGCUGGCUUAGCCCACUGGUUAGCCUUUGACCCCAAACGCUAGCCCUGACCGUUUGUAUAUUUUGAUCCGUCUUUAUUUACCGAACUUUACUUACUUUAUUUGUCGUCUGUACAAAUGUUAUUUUUAUGAAUAAAUGAUAACCUAAUG